AUGGUUGAUUAUGCCUUUCAAUACGCUAUUCCUCAUAUUGUUUCAACACUACAACCAAGAGUGAGAACCAACAAAAAAUGUCGAAUUCAAAUAGACCAUUCAAAAGGUCAUUCCCAACUAUUUAAUGACUAUUUUGCUGAAAAUCCUACAUAUUCUUCUCGAUUGUUUCAACGUAGGUUUAGGAUGAGAAAACAUGUAUUUUUACGGAUAAUGAAAGCUAUCUCCAACAACGAUGCAUGGUUCACUACCAAAAUUGAUGCAACUGGUAAAAAAAGUCUAAGUGCUUUACAAAAGUGUACUGCAGCUCUUCGUAUGCUAGCAUACAGGGUGGCUGCUGAUCAAGUUGAUGAGUACCUCCGAAUUAGCGAAAGCACAGCACAAAAAGCACUCACUCAUAUCACAAAGGCAAUAAUCAACCAAUUUUGGCAACAUUAUUUUAGAAAACCAACACCACAAGAUUUGACGAGAUUAUUGGCCUUUAGUGAAGAACAAGGAUUCCCUGGCAUGAUUGUCGCUAAUUAUGACUUAUGGAUAUGGCAUGCCUUUUUUGGGAUGCCAGCUUCAUAUGAAGAUCUCAACGUGCUAUAUCGAUCACCUCUUUUAGUUGAUUUGUUUGAAGGAAGGGCACCACCUGUCAAUUUCACAGUGAAUGGAAAUCAAUACGGUAUGGCUUACUAUCUCACCGAUGGCAUUUAUCCUAAAUGGGCUACUUUUAUUCGGUCUAUAACUGAACCACAAACACCAAAAGCAAGGUUAUUUGAUUUUCCUAAUUUGAAUUCUAGGUUGACCAAACUAUCAGCAUACGAAAAGCAGCCAACUGAUGCUAAUCUUUCAUGCUUUUUGCUUGAUAACUUUAAGUUUAGUACAUCAUUUUUACAACAAUCCUCCUGA